AUGUCAGUGUUAGUCGCCGCCGAUCAACCACCCAAAGACUACUACCUAGUGGUGACAAGCAGGUUCACCAAGACCCUAAUGACCACCGUCGCUACAAUCCGGUACACCGGAGGAAACGGGCCAGCAUCGCCUGAGCUCCCACCUCCACCGCCGGAAAACACCGCCGGAGUUGCGUGGUCGAUAAACCAGUUCAGAACAUUCCGGUGGAACUUAACCGCGAGUGCCGCCCGGCCAAAUCCACAAGGUUCUUACCAUUACGGACAGAUUAACAUCACUCGCACCAUGAAGUUUGUGAACAGCAGGAAUUAUAUCGACGGAAAGCUUAGGUUUGCUUUGAAUGGAGUCUCCCAUAAGGACCCACCGACGCCAUUAAAGCUUUCUGAGUAUUUCGGAUUGGCUGAGAAAGAAUUCAAAUAUAACCUCGUCCCAGAUGAGCCACCACCGGAAGUUGAAAAGAACUGCAAGGUAGCACCAAAUGUAUUGAACGCAACCUUCCGAAACUUCGUGGAGAUCAUAUUUGAGAACAGAGAGAACACGAUUCAGUCGUAUCAUCUAGAUGGGUACUCAUUUUUCGCGGUGGCGAUAGAACCAGGGAGGUGGAGUCCGGAGAAGAGGAAGAAUUACAACCUAGAAGACGCAGUAAGCAGACACACCGUACCUGUGUUUCCGGGAUGUUGGGCGGCGGUGAUGACCACCCUUGAUAACGCCGGAAUGUGGAGUUUGAGAUCGGAGAUGUGGGAGAGGUUCUAUUUGGGACAGCAGCUGUACUUCAGCGUACUCUCGCCGGAGAAAUCCCUGAGAGACGAGUAUAACUUACCGGAAACUUCAUUGCUUUGCGGCGUUGUUAGCAAUUUGCCCAGGCCAGCACCAUACGUUUAG